UGGUGUGCUGCGCUGUGCCUCGAACGUCGUCGUUGCCGUCCGACUCGACCUACCUAUCCUUUCUGCGGACGUCGCGAGCCUCCCUCGACGUCUGGGCAGCCGUCUGGCGCGUCUUAUCGCUAACGCUGCGGCGUCUCCCCCGGGGAGUCGACCAAUGGGCGUGCGACUCGGACGAUGACGACUCGCUACGCGCCGAUAAGCGCUCUUAUCUCGCCUUGAAAAAACGCUUUUGACGGCCGGCGCGCCUUCAUGCGCCAGUCUGGCACCGAGGAGCGCAGCGAAAGCAAGUCAAUGGCAGACUUCGUCAUCAGCUCACCACUCGUCAAGUCAUUCCUUGCCGGCUCACUCAGUGGAACAUGCUCCACACUACUGUUCCAGCCAUUAGACUUGCUCAAGACCAGACUACAGCAACCACAAAUUCCUGGGGAAACUUCAAGAGUGGGUAUGCUGAAACAUGUCGCCUAUGUCAUCAAAAACGAGAGAGUCUUCGGUCUGUGGAAAGGCACAGUUCCUUCCAUUGUUCGCUGCGUUCCUGGAGUUGGAUUGUACUUCUGCACCCUUCAUUUUCUCAAAACAAGCCUCCACCUUGACAACCCGAGCUCGAGUGAAGCCAUGUUCCUCGGUGCCAGCGCCCGGGCUAUAUGUGGUGUCGUGCUGCUGCCGGUCACAGUUAUCAAGACAAGAUUUGAGAGCGAGGUGUACCACUACAGGACCAUGAGUGAGGCCACCAGAGACAUCUACAGAACAAGCGGCUUGCGAGGUCUUUACUCCGGUCUCGUUCCGACUUUGGUUCGGGACGCUCCGUACUCGGGUAUCUACCUCGUCUUCUACGUCCAGGCAAAGCACUUCGUCCCUGAAAGAGUGAGGGAAGGGAGCCACCUGGUGGCCGCCAACUUCACGUGCGGCGUGGUUGCAGGCCUUCUCGCCUCGGUGGUCACGCAGCCGGCCGACGUGAUCAAGACCCACAUGCAGUUGCAGCCGGCCAAGUUCCGAAGCAUCCUCACCUCCAUCCUCCUAAUUGCCAAGGAGGAAGGCAUGGUGGGAUAUUUCCGUGGACUGGUACCGAGGAUGCUGCGAAGGACACUGGUUACCGCCAUGGCCUGGUCAUUCUACGAACAGGCUGUGACUACGUGACACCUGCUUACGCCAUGGCAUUGUUCUUGUCUGUGUUGUGUGGUUACCAAAGGAUUCAUCAAGAAGUGAACCAAGAAACGAGUCUUUCAGUGCGCCGUAAACAAAAAGAAAGAUGGUCGUCUCACGAUCUUUCGUCCAAGCGAUGACAAUCCCGUGCGACACCGCGGUGUAUAGAAGGCCAGAUUAGAUUCCCUGUGGAAUCCCCAAUACACACUCGAAUACCUUGCUGUACAUACAUCUCCCACUGUUUGUUACUCAGUCUAGUCAUUUGUGCUUUAAGUUUCAGUCUAAAAGCCGUCACUUCAUCCAAGCAGUGUUGAGUAGCAUCUGUGAUUCAAUUUAACACUCUAAAAAUGGCUGCACAGUUUGGGAUGUCAUUCUGUCACACAACAAAAAACGUUGCUCGCGUUUUCCUUUCUUGAAAACCCAGUGGUCGCUACUUUCCUUCUAAUAAUUCUACAUGGUUCGAAAAUAGACGUGCUGUUCGUCAAUUAGAGCUGUGGCGUGCGUGGCAUUAAGGCAAGGAAAGACGCAACAUAGAUGAUUGUCAUUAUGUGAUAGAAAUACGUCCUAGAGCGUGCAACUCUUUUUAGAAUAAACGCGGUUCAUGGCGAGAUGGCUUGUUAGUUCCUGAAGUGGUUUUUGAGAGUUUUGGUGGCUUGUAUUGACGUGUUUCAUGUUUGUUCGAAUGACCUUGCCUCGUGUGUAACGAGUCCCUUCGCUUCUUUGUUUUCAUGGCUUUGCUAUGAAGCGGCCGACUUAAUUGCUUGGUCAUAUGCAAAUCACAGUGAUGAAUCGUUUGCCAGCCGUGAAAAUUGCUGUUCCUGAAGCUAUGGUUUUUGUACCGCCGUAGUGGCCACAAUUAUGCUUACACGGGCUUGAUGGGGAACAUGAACUGAGCGUUUUGUAAUGGUUCCUUCGUCUGCUGAACACGAACGUGUUCAAGCAAUGCUUUCCUUUCUUGUUCUCUACAACUAAGCACACCUUGAUGCACGGGGGUUGAAUUAGUCGUUAAAGUGUGAUCUGUGCCUGUACUUUUGCUGUUUAAAAAUGCCUUACUGCAAGAGCUUUUGGAAUGCGGUGAAGUAAGAACCCAAAUUUUACGUCGAGCUGAAUCAAGUUCAGUAUGUGUUGUUCUACAUUACAGUCACGAUUGCAUGAGACUAUCGGUAACUGAUGUGUUUCAUGAACAUUCGUGGCGCUUAAAAACAUAAUGCUGCCCCAGCCAUGAUUUGCCAUUUCAGCUACUAUAUCGUGCGUCGGCCACGUUUAGUGCGAGUCACUAGAGCACUUUCUUUUUUUCAAAUCCUAGCAGGUUGUUUGUGUUCAGAGCAUCACUGCUGCCUUGUUCGGGCUGCACUUCAUCUAUGAGUUUAGCCCAUCGUAGACUAAAUGAUUUCUAAAAAAAGUUCCUUGAUUUAGGAAUCAGCAGGUUGUACCACUCUAUGAAUUGAGCCGGAAGGCAGGUUAGUGAAAUGCAUUCAGAGGAAAAUGCAACAUUGUUUCGCUCUUCAAUUUAUCUAAAAAGAAAAGAACCAAACAUGGGUCGUUUGUAAGGUGCAAUAUCAUUUCAAUUUCAUGUGAAAGUGCAGUUGUGCAAGAGUGGCCUGUGACGCAGUUUUGCAGCUUGCGCACUGCAGCCGUUUCUGGCGUCCUCUAUGCAGUUGUUUUCAUUGCAUGUACCUAACUAUAUCAACACUCUUUUCUUUGUACAAAGUUUAUUUUUUCACAUCUUUUCAUAACAUUUUGUACAGGUGGAAGUAUGAUCUUUUCAUAACAUCAACUGGCUCUGAAGAAGUGGACGUGUCCGAUUUGUUGCCUGAGUGGCUUGUUGUUAACUCGAUAUAAUCGGCGGAGGUCGCGGAACUAGCGCUAAACUUGCAUGUAGCAGAGAUUACAUCAAGCGCUCAUUUUCUCUGAUUAGCGGCCUGUGCCUUUGGACACUAUUAUCGGAGCUAUUUUAUGUAUUGUUAGUGAUACUGUCAAACGCGAAUGUAUUUUGUAGAUAUGUGUCAAAAUAAAUAGUUUUUUAAUCGUA